CUGUAUGGUAAUAAGAGCUGCAGGUGUGUUGCGGCUUCCCGGGAACCGAACCUCGAUGGCGAAACGAUGUUGCAAUAACUUUCACGCUCUCCCGUCCUGGGGGCCCUGGUCUCUCUUUUCGAACCCUCAUCGAUCGCUUCCUAAGCCGGGCCAAUAAUAUGGCCCGCUUUGCAAAGCAAACCCACCUCUUUCCGGGAGCCAAGCGCUUGUCUCGUCAAAAUGGCGAUUUUCCGCCCUGCUAGCUUUCGAAUCUUGGCCUGCGGAACCACCCGCGGUGCCAACGAAGGCCCUUUUUUUCUUUUUUUUUUGGCACACAUGAUUCCCGGCAUCCGGGCAUGCUACUCUCCACAUCCGAUUUAUGUCUCCGCGUGGGUCUGUCCGCUUAAUGGGCUUUGCCCUAAGGCUUGAGAUUCCAAACGCAUUUUGCUUAAGGUACGGAGUAUGCCGCUCCGGUCUGGUUUCAAUCUCCGCGGAGCGACAGCUUUUCUUGAUCGAAUUCUGCUUCGAAAUUUAUUCACACUAUCGCAUGGUCUUUCGAACCCCCAGGCCGGUGGAUUCGCAUGUUGUCUAGACCCGUCACACGGCUAACCCCAGGAACGAACGUUGCUCGAAGUGGCUCCAAUGCCUUCCCCCGGAUGACGUAGUCCCAGCCAGAAGUAUUGUAUAUAAGAUCUUUCCUCCGGCUCUUUGAAGAGGAUUUGUUUCUUAUUCCUUUCAAUAAUAUCGCAUUAUCAACAAGCAAACUACUUUACCAGUCUUAAUAACUUUAGUAUUAAGACCUCGAUCAUCCCUCUGCAGCUAUUUUCAAUGUUUUCCUUUUUCUCCAGACAACAGCCACAGCAACCACAACCAGAGCCGGCCAAGGAAACAGCUACAAUGACAUCCAUUGAACGGCCACCGAUCCAGCACGUCGACGAGGCUUCCUUCAAAGAUGUGUCCAGCCGCGUCGCCUAUCUCAAAGCUUUCCUCAAAUUCACCGAUGAAGACGGCGCUGCUCUGAACGCUGCGAAACCCAUCAUCGCCCCCGCCGUGCCCGCGGUCCUCGAUAUCAUCUACACAAACCUGAUCUCAUUCGACGUCACUGCGAAAGCCUUUGUGCCUCGCCAACCCGAGCAGGACCAGAACGACGCAGAGGCAACUGGCGUCGAAGACCUCACACUCACGCACCCCAAUAUCCUCCACCGCAAAGAUUUCCUGAAGCUCUACCUUGUCAAGCUCGUCAGCAACACAGAUUGGUCGGACAAUAGCAAGUUCUGGGAUUACCUCGACAAAGUCGGCCUGAUGCACACGGGAGAACCUGGCUUCAAACACCGUGCCAAGCGGCCUCAGCUUCGCGUCGAGCUGAUGCACUGCAGUGCCUUGCUGGGAUUCGUGGAAGACAUUGUUCUCAACGCUGUCAUGGGCGCGCAAGAUGUUGACCUUCCCACAAAGACGAAGAUCAUCCGCGCCUUUAACAAGCUCCUCUGGAUCCAGAAUGAUCUAUUCUUGAAACACUACGCUCCAGAACCGUGGAGCGAACAGGAGGAAGAAGUGGCAGCCAAUUGAAAUCGGAGUCUCCUGCCGUUACGCACCUUUUCUUCUUUAAUGACAGAAAACAUCCAAAUGGAUAGAUGACGUGAAAUGACCUGUUGACCACUUUCCACUCUGGGGUUCCGGCGUUGGGAUAUUAUUGUGUUAGUACGCAGUGCUUCGCUUUUUUCACUUCACCGUUUUCGUUUGCGAAUAUCAAUUGCCCGCAUUUUUCUUCGAAGCCAUUGUCGAAUUUUCGAAGAUAGAGAGCAUUCAGGUGAUCGGACUUGUAGUGGAAAUAGCAUCCUCUUAAAUAAUUCUAAGCUAAGAAUCCUCCUAUACUUUCUUCCAUUAUCUACAACCACCUUGGGUAAUACCCUAGGAGCAAGCACGAAAGCUUGCUUACGAAACCGAUGCGUACAAGGUUGUGGCUGCCGACUGUUUUUUUACGGAUGAAGAAUUGCCGACAGAAGCUUCUGCAAAGACAUUUAUGUACACCUGUGACCAAAGGGCAUUGCUGCAGCAACGUUUUUUUACCGUAAGAUUUGGGCUUUGCAGAUGAGUAAUAAGCUGGGCUGAAGGUAUCGCUGCGGUGGGUGGUCUAACGGCCACUGUUUUUCUAUCCCGCAGCAGAUGUCGAUAUGGUGGAUGUGAUGGUCAAAUUCGAAGGAAUUUUCGCUUCUUUUAAUUGGAAAUUUGCUGGCAGUGGCCCAAGAAUUGUCCAGCCUUCAGCUGUUCCUUUAAAUUCCUGCGUCAUUCGUUAUCAGUAUGGUCGGAUUCGCCUGAGUUCAUCGUUUGCGGGAUCAUCUUGGAGUCGCUGGUGAAGUACACGUCGUACUAACGACCAUGGAAUCGGGGUUUCUAGGAAGACUGUUAAGACCGGUGAAAUGGAUAAGCAGUCGAGGAAUACGCAAAGACUGUAGUUGCGUCUCAAGUUUCAAUAAAUGACAGAUGGCGUCUGCUUGUUGAGGAAUUGGGAGCAAUGAUCUCAUACUAUGACUCCAGACGUACGCGCCUCGGAAAGCUCGAGCGUAUCCCUAAAUACAGGCCAAGAUGAUGUUAGCGGAAUAGUUUGCUCGGCAGGUCCAAAUAUGCCUUCUUGCACAUAUCCCUCUCAGCUCCUCAUCCACCUUAGAUUGGAGGACUAGUUUGUUCCGCGAACGACGGCACGCAUGAUCAAUCGCUUGGAUCCGGGAGGGCGAACCAGGGGGUCGAGAAGGGAAUUUUCUUGACAUUCUUUACGUACAAAUGCCAGCGACGGCCGGAUGAAUCAAGGGGAAAGUACGUGGAUGAUCUGUGCAGUUGACUGUAUUUGGUUUUUGGGGUCUUUGAAGAUGUUAUGGUAAGAUGACGAAUCUCGGGGUUGGCAUAGAGACGAGCGAUCAUUCUCCAUGUUUAGCAACGAAACAUCCACAACUGAAGCACAUCCUAUGCUUGAGAGGUUAGAAGAGUGUCUGAGAGAAAUUAAAUAGGCGAUGCAGCGUUCCAGAGGCUUGCUUUUGAUCGAGUGAAGGACAAAGGAAAAUGUCUGCUGCGAGAGAACUGAUGACGCGUUGGUCUCAUGGCAUGGUGCUCUAGGACCGUCGAUGCCUCGCUAGGAGC